AUGAGCCACAGCUUCCCCUGUCUACCCUAUUCCACAGAGUCGGCGAUGCGACUAGGGUCGUAUGCGCGUCUUCCAGACGACACAGCCGGCGAGGGCAGCAGCAGCAGCAUGGGCUCAUCAGGGCGGUGGGCGGAUGCGCUUCUCAAGAAUAAGUCACAUGGUGUUGCCUCUGCAUCAUCAGCGGUAAGGGAACUCGAGUCGCAGUUCGCACACAGACCCCUGUCGCCUGAUGGCAGCUGGGCUGCAAACACUGUCGCCAGCCCCGCCUGCGCGCCGCCGCGGCAGCGACGCAGUGAGGCAACCAGGGCCUCACAGAAUCAUCACGACAACUCGCAUCACUGCAACUCGCUUGCCAUCGGCGUCGCGCCUCCGCGCGCUUUUGCCGUUGCGGUGCAUCCACCGUUGCCACGUGGCGCACAGCGAGCUAUCAGUGGGGCAGCCCCAGCGCACACAUCGGGUUCGUCAGCCACUGCGUCGGUGACCUCACACACAUCGACGAAGAGUACCGCGCCUGCUUCAGCCAUACUAACCUCUUACCAGCCUCUCAAUCAAGGGUCUGUGCCACUUCCUCGGUCGUUCGUGACGGCUGCGCCCGCUGGCCCAAGUCACGCCUCCGCUCUUUUUGCCGUGCAGCAAAACGGAUGCCACCCACCGAAGCCCGCUGUAAAUACCGUAGAGCGGAGGUCGACUCGUGACAGCGCACCGGCGCCCAAGCAUGUGCAGCCGUUUCAAGCACUGCCCCACACUCAAAGAGGGGAAGGCACUCACAACGGCAGUGGUGGUAGCAGCAGUGGGGGUGUUCUUACAUCCGCGGCAACGCCCUACCCCUUCCCAGCCACCUACGCUUCAUCGCCUUUUUUCCAGCGCGUGGAUGACACUGCGCCACCACCGCAAUCUUUGUCGGAUGUGCCGCACGCAGCAGCUUCGAUGGUUAGGGUCACCGCGCAGGACGACGAGAACCCAAUGCUGCAGCUGCAAGACAUAACGCCCAUAACGAACACUGGUGACUCCCGACAAGAGUCUCAGCUGCUCAGCCACUCACGUGCAGCCCCGCAAAUGGGGGGUGACAGUGGACUGUUCACAUACGACCACGAGACUGCCAACCGCGAUGGCGGCGCUGGCGCCACGCCGGCAGUUUCUUUCGUCACGGCAGGCGUCGCGGCCGGGGGGCCGUUGCCUUUCCCAGGCGUUGGGAACGCCGUCAUCACGGGCGAUGCACCACCUUGGAGCACGCUUCCGCACGCCCAGCCGCCACUGUGUUCAGCGACCCAAGUUCUUUCCCGCCAGCAGCCGAUGUUCUCUCCGUGUGAGCGCAUCAUCAACCAAAGCGUGUCUGCCGAGCCCUUUUCCAAGUCCGCCUCGCCUUCUGACACGGCGCGGCUGCCUGGCACUCCGGGUGGAUUGUCCACAUCGCAGAGCGUAACCAUGUGCAGUACUGGGAAGCGAAGGAGACGCGGUGGCGUGUCGGCUACUGCCGCCCACAAUACUGCGAUGAGCUCUACUGGUCCUUUGACGUCGCCGGAGAGUGUCAGCAGGCACUUUAGUGCCAUCUACGCGUCAUCGCCGCCGUCCUCGUCGGCGUACGCCAGUGGCCGUGACCAGUGCUCUUCGACUCUUCUAACCCCUGGCAGCAACGGACCUAGCUUCCAGACAGCAUUUACCGCCAGCAGCUCUCCGUCUGCGUACGCAUGUGCUCCACAGCAGUAUCAUCUUCCAUGCCAGCAGUACCCCAUCGAUGGGUUUGGCGACCAUGGCGGACCGUUUCCGCCGUCACACCUGACGGCGACGCCACUAUCCACCUGGGCGCCAGGGCCGGGAGCUGCCUGUGCAACGACAAUGGCGAUGACAGUAGGCCAAGUACAAGGGAGCGCAUCGGCAACCGCGAUAUCUGCACAAGACACUGCAGGAGGAACGCCAGCUUUGUCAGCUAUUGCGCGUAGCGCGUCUGGAGUGUCUCUGGAGAAGCGGCUGCUGCACGCAAGCAGAGCCGAGCUGACGCAGGUCUUAUUGGAGUUGGCGAGGUGCAACUGGGAGGCAUCGCGCUUCAUCCACUCCAAGGCGUUCUUCUUUGCAUUUCGCCACAAGCACGGCGGUGAGGCGGUGGAGAGUUGUGAAGGCUGUGCAGCAGCUGCCUCGGCAACGACAGCAAGAGGCGCCGCCGCGGGUAAGAAUGGCGAGCACCACGCUUACCAGGACGGAUUGGGUAGUGGUGCUCUCUCGAAGGGUGUGGACAUGCCCAACGGCGACCGUCCUCGUGAGCAGUCAGACGUGCUCAAGCAACCAGCAGCAGAGGCGGCGACCCUCAGCAGCGCCGCAGCGGUGAACGACCACAUCAUUGCUCGCUGCAUCUUCCCAAUGGAGGCGGCAGAUGACGAGGAUGGCGACGGCGACGACUCCUCGGCUAUGGUUGGGCAUCCUGACCCGACAGUGACGGAGGGCGGUACUGCCGAUGCAACGAUGCCGCAGCGCCACCCAUGUUCAGAGGAUCGGGCCUUUAGCACGGAGCUGCACCCGUGCCUCCGUUGGUACGGCGCGUGCCGCAACACAACGAGUUGUAUUUACGCGAAUGUGCCGCGCAACGUGUGCCUCAACUGGAUUCGCGGCUCUUGCAUGACCAACACCGAGUGCAAUGGUGUGCACCGACUUCCUUCCCCAUGUCCGCCUGAGAUCCGCAGGAUCUACGAGCUGAACCACGGCCUCGCGUGUCGCGGCACACCUGCCAUAGCGUACGCAAUCGGGGCCUCUUUUGGCCAUGCCCUCCCUAUUCCACCACCGUUUCCGCCCUGCAUCUCGCCGGCACCAGCGCCGUUCUCGAGCGGAAGCGUUGCUGCAGCGGCCCCCGAAAAUUCGAACGCGGAUGCUCUCGCUGCUGAGCUUGCAGAGAACUGCGCUGGAGCCAACGCGGCGUUCGUCAUGUGCGGCGGUAUGACGGAGGAGCUGGGCGAGAGUGAGGGGGUUGUGCACACCCCUAAGAACCAGUCGAUCCAGAAGGACACUUUCCUUGGUGGCGACAGCACGCCGCACCGCCGUCAACAGGGGUGUGACGUGGAACAAAGCAUAUCGUCGAUGACAACGUUGGAGAAGUGUGGCGCCACCCAUGCGACGGCUACUGGAGACGCUAGCUUGUGGGACUCAUAUGGCGCGGCAACCAAGGCGAAUGCUGGAGGGCCGGUUGACCACGAAAUGAUGCAGUACACAGACAGCAUCCUUGGUGCUGGUGCGGCGGACCCGCCGUGUUUCUUCUAUGGCGGUGUGCCACUAGGGAGUCGGAAGGGUGGCAUGGUGUCCUCAGCUGGCAGUAGUCGCUGUAGCACUGCUGAGGGCUGCGAAAGCCGCUUGGACUCCGUCAGCCGAUACCUUGGGCCCCAGCUCGAUCGCGCAGCUACGACGGUGCCUCACUGCGACGAUGGGUGGCCAGACAGUGCGGUCAUAGGAUCGGCACCUCAACAGCAGCAGGCUGAGGCAAAGAGCAUCAAUUCCAUCUGCCGUUGUAUCUUCGAGGCCAAGGGACCUUUCCAUGUGGUACCAGCUCGGCAUGCUGGUGAUAUGACGGGGACAUUGGCUGACGCAGAGGACGAGUGUGACUUCUCCGUGCCUACUGCAGGCACCCGUACGCGGGUGCAAUCGCCGUUGUAUCGGUGA